AUGGAUAAUAAAGACCAUUCUCAGGCAGAAACGCUUUUUAGUUCUACUUGUUUGAAUGGAGAUUUAAAAGUAUUAUGUCAAGAUGGAAAAAAUGAUAAAGGAUCUUUUUCUGAAAAUGUUGAUAAUAUUUCAAAGAACUUAUCUGAAGUUUCUGUUACAAAAAAAAAAAGAAAGAAAAAGACGUCUCAGCUACUUAAACAGACUGAUCCCCCAACUGUUGGUAUUACAAAGUUAUUUCCAUCAGGAAUUUACCCUGAGGGAGAGCAGAUGGAUUAUAAAAUUGACAAUCUUUUGCGAACAACUUCGGAAGAAAAGCGGCAUUUGGAGCGUUCUCUUCAAGGUGACUAUAAUGAUCUUCGUAGAGCCGCUGAGGUUCAUCGCCAAGUCCGUUCCUAUGCUCAAAAAGUCAUUAAGCCGGGUAUGACAAUGAUAGAAAUUGCAGAAAUGAUCGAGGAUUGCACUAGGACAUUAGUAGAGGAAGAUGGCUUAAAAGCAGGUAUUGGUUUUCCUACAGGUCUUAGUUUGAACCAUUGUGCUGCUCAUUAUACGCCAAAUGCUGGAGAUAAAACAUGCCUUCAGAAAACGGAUGUUAUGAAAGUGGAUUUUGGUGUUCAUGUAAAUGGGAGAAUUAUUGAUAGUGCGUUUACAAUGGUUUUUGAUGAUAAAUAUGAGAAAUUGCUUGAAGCAGUUAAGGAUUCUACUAAUACAGGGAUUAGAGAAUCAGGUAUUGAUGUAAGACUUUGUGAUAUUGGUGCUGCAAUUCAAGAAGUUAUGGAAAGUUAUGAAAUUGAAUUAGACGGGAAUACAUAUCAGAUUAAACCUAUUAGAAAUUUAAAUGGGCAUAGUAUCACUUUGUAUAAUAUACAUGCAGGGAAAUCAGUUCCUAUUGUUAAAGGUACCGAUCAAACAAAAAUGGAAGAAAAUGAAGUUUUUGCCAUUGAAACAUUCGGAAGUACUGGAAAAGGUUAUGUUAGAGCAGAUGAUGAUUGUUCACAUUAUGCGAAAAAGCCUGAUGUUGGCUAUGUUCCUCUUCGUUUGACACGCUCAAAGCUUCUUUUAGCAACCAUUAACAGGAAUUUCGGAACUCUUCCAUUUUGUAGAAGAUAUUUGGACCGAAUUGGAGAAACAAAAUAUUUACUUUCUUUAAAUAAUCUAGUAAAUGCUGGCAUCGUUGAGGCAUAUCCGCCUUUAGUUGACAUUAAAGGUUGCUAUACGGCUCAGUUUGAGCAUACUAUUCUUUUGAAACCGACAAGAAAAGAAGUUCUUAGUAGGGGGGACGAUUAUUAG